CUACAUAGUUUUGGUUACACAGCAAGCAAUCUCAACUUUUAUACUCCAAUAACGCCAGCCAGGAUAGCAGCGUAUCAGAUGCUAUUGACAUUUCCAGACAUAACUAUACAGAGAUGCACUACCAGUAAUAUAGACGAUUUUGUCCCUUUGGGCUAUGAAGGAGAACCCCAUGAUUGUGUAGGGAAGAUGAUGGCAUUUGCCAAAUUGAGUGCAGAUUUACGGUCAGAACCACUAGAGGAUGCAGAUAAAAAGGUUCUGUUCGUAGAUGGCUCUUGUUAUAGGGAUUAUGAUGGAAAUCUUGCAGGGUUCUCAGUAGUGCAGCAGGAUCAGUCGAACUAUAAGAUUAUUAGGAUGGAGUCCUGUCCCCAACCGCGUUCCGCCCAACUAGUGGAAAUCAAAGCCCUGACAUCUGCGUGUGAAAUGAUGGAAGGUGAGAAAGUAGACAUCUAUACUGAUUCGGCAUAUGCUCAUGGAGUAUGUCAUUUGUUCGGGGCAGUGUGGAAACAGAGAGGUUUUAAAAAAAGUAGUGGAGAUCCCAUACCACAUUGUCAGUGAAUUCCAGACUUAAUAAAAGCCAUGAUGAAACUUAAAGCAUUGGCUGCAGUAAAAUGCCAGGCCCAUAAAAAGGGAAAUGAUGUAAUAACAAAGGGAAAUCAAGCUGCGGACGGGGCAGCCAGAAAAGCGUCUGGAUGUACAUCAGCUGUCAUUGCCCCCCAGGUAAGCCUAACUCCAGAAUCAGUGGUAGAGGACCUAAUAUGAAAUACAAGGUAAGGCAACUUUGGCAGAAUAGACAAUGUGGAGACGAAGGGGGACCAAGCAGAAUCUGGAAGGCUUGUGGAGCAUGGCAGACGGUUUGUUGGUAGUGCCCACCCCUCUACUGACGAUUCUGAUUUCAGAAGCGCAUGGGAUUGACCAUUGUGCAAGGGGGGAAGUGAUAAAGAAAAUAAAGGAUGGUUUUUGGUCACCUUAUUUACAGGCUUCAGUGGACUUUGUCUUGUCACAAUGCGAGGUAUGCGCACAGAAUGCAGGGUUCGGACAUCAGUUAUUUGACUGGUUAGAAAGUAGACUCGGAGGAUGGGGAGCAUGGCUGACUAAAAUGGCAAUAACUGUCAGUAUUGUAUUUUUGAGCUGUGCGCUUGUGCUGUGCUGUUUUCUUCCUUGUCUCAAGUCUCUUGCAGUGUGUGCUACAACCAAACAAUUUCCAAUGCUCGUGGCAAUUACUGAAGCAAGCUUAGUGGAGAAAGAAACACCGAAACUGUAUCGUUACAGCCUACAACACCUGCAGGAUGAACAAGAGCAGAACGACAGCGUGGGAGUAGAUUGGCUUAUUUCCUGCCCUGUGUGCCGACAACAAUGUAACAUAAAGGAUAUUAUUGAAAACUACUUCCUAAGGGACACUGGUGAAGUGGACACUAGCUCAAACAAGAAGGUUAGCCAGGUAUGUACCAGCUGUGAAGACAAUGCUGUGUCCUCCAGCUUCUGUGUGGAGUGUGCGGAGUGGCUCUGUGAUGCCUGUGUAGAGGCUCACCAGAGGGUAAAAUUCACAAAGGAUCACACUAUGAGCAAGAAGAAUCCAGGGCUUACAGUUGAUGGGAGGACAAACUGUGAGCGACCGAUCUUCUGCUCCAUUCACCGACAGGAGACUCUGAAACUGUUUUGUGAGACAUGCGACACACUAACCUGCCGAGACUGCCAACUUCUCACCCACAAAGAUCAUAGAUACCAGUUUCUCGAGGAAGCUAUUAAGAACCAGAAGAUGACGCUAGAAAACCUGGUGAAAAAGUUGACAGAGAAGAAAACUCAGCUGCAAGUGACCACUAAACAAGUCCGUACUAGAUUAAGAGAUGUUCAGGACAUGCAGAAGAAAGUCCAGGUGGAGAUCAAGAUGGCUAUCCUUCAGAUAAUGAGAGAACUAAAUAAACGUGGCAAGACCCUCAUCCAGAGGGUGGAGAGAUUGGCCGAGGAGCAGCAGCUGAAGUUGGAGCAGCAGCACCUGUCUAUGUCCAAGCUGUACCGGCAAAUGGACCAUGUCUUAAAGUUUGCUUCUUGGGCCGUCAGCACUGAUAACAGCACAGCCCUGCUGCUCUGCAAAAAACUGAUCUUCUAUCAGUUACAAAGAGGGUUGCAAUCCAAGGUUAAUACAGAGGAGUUGAAGAAUGACAUUAUCACUUUUCUCUGGGACUCUGCUUUCUGGACUAAGAAUGCAGCUAAUUUUGGCAAUGUUGUGAUUGAAGUCCCCCCAACGUUGUCAACGCAUGUUCCAGUUCAGCAUCCGUCAAUGUCCAGCCAUUGUCCUCAACCUGUCUCCCAGCAACAUCCCAUCCCUCAGCUCCAGCCUGUUUCCCAACACCAGCCUAACAAUCGAAUGAUUGCAACACAAGGAAACUCUUGGCAAAGCCACGCACCUAUGCAGUCUUCCCAUCGCCUUCCGCCACCCAGUUACCAGCAGACGCAGCUCCCACCCCCACGCCAGCUUCCUCCACAGCAGAACACACAGCAGGUCCUGAUUCGCCAGCCUCACUCGGCUCCCCACUGGUCACCAGUGAGCGGACACUCACGAAUGCAGCAAGCGGUGCAGCUUGUGAAGCCAAAAACCACAAUGCCAAGUACUAAUGGCAGGUACCUUCAGCAGAUGCAGGUGCAGGUGGUUCAACAAGGGAACAUUGUGCAGAUGCAGCAACAGCAGCAGCAGCAGCUCAUGAAUCAGGUGCUAUUACUGCCACAGAUGAAUGGAGUACAAAUUCGCCAGCCUCAGGGACAUACUCAGGGAGCUGUCAAGCAAUCGAUCAUUGGGGGACAGACACUGUACCAGCAAAUGUCUGUCCAUCAGCCUACUGCCAUUAGCAAACUGCCUUCCCCAACACAGCGGCAGCAGCUGUCCUUUGGGCCUAGUGCAGCUGGUAGUGUUCAGUCCCCACCAUCGCACCACCUAUCUACGUCCACCGGGCUAUCGAAUGUUCCUGUAAGUCGACCGUCUCCUCCAGUGCAGCAAGCACUCAGAUCAAAUACUUCUACCAGCAGGCAGUUGCUAACAACUGCCACACCCCAGCAAGUGCACUCUAACAAUUCUGCUACCAGUCAGAGUACUCAGGUUGGUGCAAAUUGCCAUCGUUCUCCAACGUCAAGCAAUCGCCUUGGCAACAGCCCGGUUGACCAACUCAAGAUGUUGGUGCAGCAGGCAACCUCGUAUCCCCGUGUCAUUCUGCCCCACAGAGAUGGCCCGGCCAAUGCCCACGAUUUUGCACAGAAACAGUAUGCAUAUCCGGGCCCCUCUCUAAUGCCACAGCAGGUUGGUAGAGAUGAUAGCUUACUAUACUCACUGAUUCUGACCUCCGAUGGAGCAUUGGCCUGGUCUGAUUCGGGAGCGGAAGGAUUUGUUAAAGGGCAUUCUACAUGUCAUGUUCCUCCUGCAUUUUCAGAACCGAGGAGGGGUGUGUCCUUCAAGCUGUCAAAUGUCAGUACCACCACUGAGCAGGAGGAGCAGAGAAACAAUAUCAAAGAAUUGCAGGAAGCUUCAGAGUCCAGAUGCAUGCCUUUGCAGUGUACCAUAAAGCACGCUGGUGACAGUUCGGACUCGAAAGUUAAACCUAAAUUGAACAGGAAGGUCCCUUAUGUGCGGUUAGAACGAUUGCAGAUCGACUUGUCUACUGACACUGAGCUGCCAACCUUCAAACUGUUACCAGGCAGUGGACAGGAUGAGUUCAACCUGAUCAUCAUCGAAGGAAAUGGCUUGCCUAUAAAUCCAACCUUCACGGCACCAACACUGGCGAGCACCUUGACGCCACCGAACUCCGUCUCUCCGGCAUCAGUGACCGAAAUCGAAUUUGUCUUUAACGAGAGAACUGAGGUAGCAAGCAAGCGUACCCACCACGCUCUGAGCCCCACGCCCUCCCCCAGUGAAAAGUCACCCGGGAGUAUAGCGGACCUCAAGGCUUCACCGCUGUGCAGUGCCAGUGAGAAAGGCGAGGAGGCGGAUGAGGUGGUCUGCGUUGUUUGUGGGAAAGGAGGCGAGUUGCCGUGUUGUAGCCGUUGCCUGAAAGUGUUUCACAUUGGCUGUCAUGUCCCAGCUUUGCUCAGUGUGCCCAGUGUUGAAUGGACAUGUUCCUUAUGUGUGGACUUGGCAACAUCUGAGGUUGAGAGUGAAAGCUCAACAACAUUGGCAGACAGCAGAAAUGAGGUGAAGGAAGGCCUUGCUGCUCUCGAUCAGAAGAAAUGUGAACGCUUACUGCUGUUCCUUCUAUCUCAUAAGAUGAGCCAGGCUCUCCAUAACCCUAGUGGCUCCUCCCAGUUGAAAAGUCAGCAAUUAGAUUUGUCUUCCAUUAGAGCAAAACUCGACAGGGCAAGCUCGCCCCAUUACUCCUCACCUGAUGAGUUUGUGCUUGAGGCCCGACUGAUGUUUAAAGCAUUCAGUAAAUUGAGUCAGGAAAAGAAGGAGGUGGCUGAGUCUGUGCUGACACUCGAGUCAUUCUUUGAAGAAAAAUUAGCAGAUGUCUUCAGUGGCAAAGCCUUCUCCAGCACCCCAGUAGAUCAACGGGCAGUGGAGGCGGGCAGCAAACACUGUGACCAAACUGACCAGAGGGACUCCACUUGUCCUUCAGACGAGGCUGACAGUAGCCCCGUGCAGGCUAAGAGACGGCGGCUCGAGAAUGACUAACCUCUGGAGUGGGAAGCUUGGAUCUGGCAACUUUGAAAGGAUGGUUGACAGCAGACUUGAGAGCUGGCCCUCAGAGCAACCAUGUUGGAAUGAGGAGACACCUCAGCAGUCAUUGUUCUGUGCUGCUGAAAAGACUCGUGUACAAAACUGGACUCGGGAAAGGCCACGUAAAGGACUUCCCAGCUUUGAAAACCUCCAAUAUUGAGUUUAAAUCCAGCUGGACAACUAGCACAGGGUUAUUUUGAUCCUGGGCGUAACUGCAGAGGCCAGCGCUGGAGUUGUUUUUUAAUGUGUAAACUGUAUGUAUUAAAGAAUUCCAUAAUGUGUAAUA